CGCUCCCGUAGUGCAGCAGCAGCAGCAGCAGCAGCGUCGUGCACCCCGAGACGUCCGCUAUUCGGGUCCAUUCAUAAGUGAGAGCUUUCCCAGGGAGGAAGCUCGCCUUUUUUCCAGUUUUGAGGAGCGAAUGCGAGGCUGGGACGGAACCGCAACAUGUCCAGCGCGGCGCAGGACGCGCCAGAGACGCACAAGUCACUUCCCGAGAGCGCGCCUGCCUUGUUUUGACUCCAACCAUCCACCAUCCACGCAGGCUUCCGCCCAACCAACACUCUCCCUCAGUCACACACACAUACAGGGGUUUAUUUGAGCACUUCGUUGAUGAAUGAACCCCCUGCCGGAGGAGUCGUGGACCUGAUAGCGGAUGGAGCAGCCGGGCAUGGCCGCGAAGGAGGACCUGUACGCCAAAGUGACCCCGCGGAGGCAGCGGCAGAGCCGGAGCGCCACCAUCAAACACGGGUCCACGCUGGACGUGCUGCUGUCCAUGGGCUUCCCCAGCACCAGGGCCUUGAAAGCUUUAGUGUCGACGGGAGGCAAAAACGUCCAGGCGGCUUGUGACUGGCUCUUCUCCCACGUGGACGACCCGUUCCUGGACGACCACCUGCCCAGAGAGUACGUGCUGUACCUGCGACCCAGCGGGCCGCUGCUCCAGCAGCUCACGCACUUCUGGAAGCAGUCGCGCCUCACCUGCGGCAAGAACAAGGCGCACAACAUCUUCCCCCACAUCACCCUCUGCCAGUUCUUCAUAUGUGCCGAUGCGAAGGUGGAAGCUCUGUCGGACGCCCUGCAGGCCACCGUGGGCAGGUGGAAGAGCCGGAUACCCAUGCCGCUCCCCCUGGAGCUCUACACCUCCUCCACCUUCAUCGGCCUCUUUGUGGAGGAGCAGAUGGCCGAGGUUCUGAAGAGCUUCGCCGCCGAUUUUGCCACCGAAGCAGCUUCUAAAGCGGAUGUUCACGUUGAGCCCCAUAAGAAGCAGCUUCACGUCACGUUGGCGUACCACUUCCAAGCCGGCCACCUUCCAGUUUUGGAGAAGUUGGCCAAAAACGUGGACGCGUCCUCGGGCUGCGACUGGCUGGCCGUGCUGCUGUCCAGGGAUAUCCGCUUCGCUAAUCACGAGACGCUGCAAGUCAUGUACCCGUACGCGCCUCAGAACGACGACGAGCUGGAGCUGCUGCAGGGAGACUUCAUCUUCAUGUCUCCCAUGGAGCAGAGCACGGCCAGCGAGGGCUGGGUGUACGGCACCUCGCUGGCGACGGGGCUGUCCGGCCUGCUGCCCGAGAACUACGUCAGCCGUGCUGACGAGUCCGACACGUGGGUGGUUCACGGGUCUCACUCGUUCCUCAACUGUGCCUCUCCAUCUACCUCCGGUGCCACUGUGGGCGGGUUAUUAUUGGAUGGACAGCUGAACGACAGUCUCCUGGACAGUUUUUUGGAGACGGGUUUCACCAACCUGUGUCCUCCUAUGCAGGUGUCGAAGCCGAGCGGCCAGCCGUCCCUGUCCAGGAUGAGGCUGUUCGUGUGUCGCCACGGCGAGAGGAUGGACGUGGUGUUCGGCAAACACUGGGUCACUCAGUGCUUCGACUCCAAAGGUAGAUACAUCCGCUCUAAUCUCAACAUGCCGUCCAGCCUGCCGCCUAGAGUCGGGGGUCACAGGGACUAUGACAAAGAUUGUCCAAUUACUGUGUUUGGCUCCACGCAGGCCCGUCUUGUAGGUGAAGCCCUGCUGGAGAGCCACACCUCCAUAGACUUUGUUUACUGCUCUCCGUCUCUUCGCUGCAUCCAGACGGCUCAGAACAUCCUGCAGGGUCUCCAGCAGGAGGGGAAGACAAAGAUCCGUGUGGAGCCCGGUUUGUUUGAAUGGACCAAGUGGGUGUCGGGCACGUGUUUACCGGCCUGGAUCCCCCCAGCGGAGCUGGCUGCCGCCAGCCUGAGCGUGGACACGUCGUACAGACCUCGUAUUCCCAUCAGUAAGCUGGCCGUGUCGGAGUCCUACGACGUCUACAUCAGCAGGAGCUUCCAAGUGACCCGCGAGAUCCUGGCCGAGUGCAAAGAUCUGGGAAACACGAUCUUGAUUGUGGCCCAUGCUUCUUCCCUCGAGGCCUGCACUCGCCAGAUCCAAGGCCUCAGCCCCCAAAACUCCAAGGACUUUGUGCAAGUUGUCCGAAAGAUUCCUUACUUGGGGUUCUGUGCUUGUGAAGAAAUGGGAGAGACAGGAGUGUGGCAGCUGGUCGACCCACCCAUUUUGCCUUUGACACAUGGACCUAAUCACAGUUUCAACUGGAGGGAAAUGCUAAUGCAGGACUGAAGGCUUCGCUGUCUGCUCCUCUAUCUUUAGUCGGCUUGAAACGCUGAAAAAUUAUUUAUUUUUUUUCCUACAUUGCUAGAAUUCCAGCCCAACCACCAAAAGAACUAAAAAAAAAAAAAAAAAAGAAACAAAAAAACAAGCAUAGCUUCUGUCAAAGACAACAUGAGAAGUAUGAAACGUCCACAGCUCUAGACGAGCGUGUUCGGCAGCACCUCUCAGGAAGGGGAAGCAGAACCGGACCACCGUCUGGGCUCCGGCGCCUCACUGCUCCACUCCUCCGUCCAAACUGCUCUCCAAAAUAAUGUGGAUGUUUCUUGAUGGACGUGACGGAUCAGGUUUUUGCACCGCGCAGCGCUCUGCCUGUCCCCCUGCCCGGGCGGGGGGGGGGGCACCUUCGCCACCACUGUGACAAGAAUCAGUCGAGAAAGACUUGUACCACAAAGUAUUUUUCUACGUGCCCAGAAAUGAUUAUCUAACUUGUAGCUACGACCCCCUCGUGAACAAAAAGCACAAAAGAAAGGUUGACAAUCAGACAGGGGAGCCGUGAUCUUCAUGGCUUCCUGACGUGGUGGGUAUUUUAUCAUACCUGUGGUAUUCCUGGUGAAGCCCUGGUGAAGCCCUAUCAUUUUAUUAAGCCUCAUACUUCUCUGCCCUUAUAAGCAUUUUAACCCUCUUGUAAGCUGAAGGACUCAUCCGGAGGCAACCAAGUCAAUACAACAAAGAAAAUGAAUAUAAAACAGAAUAAUGUUGCAUUGUUAAUAAUAUCCAGGUGCCUCGACUAAAGUUUUGCUGUUUUUUUUUUUUGUCUUUUAUUUGGUUAAUUAUCCUGAAGCUCUGUAAACCUCAUAACCACAUUGCUUUACACAUAUUUGGUGUGUUUAAUUUCCGUUGGUCACAUCAGAUGAUCUGAUUCAAGAGCACUCUCCUUAUGCUAGACAAUUGCUGUAUGACAUUGAAAAUCUAUUGAUAAUGUAUUUAUGAAUAAUCCAGGUUUGUGGAGCAGCGAGGGCCCGAGCAUAUUGGCCUGUAUGUAUUCUGUGAAAGGCCUUUCUUUACGUUAAUGAAAGGUGAGAUGGUUGCUUUGAUUUGUAUUUAUGUUUUAAACAAAUUGGUGAGCUGGUUCGUCAGCAGCCUCACAGAGAAGCGACGAGGGGGUCGCCUUCUUAAACACUGAAGAUGCAUCUAAUGGCUUUAUGGUUUUACUUUACAACGCACCUGUUGCAUCACUGCAAAGAUUAAAUAUGAAUAAACAUUCUUAUUUUGUUGGUUUGUAUGUUUGCUUUCGUACAACAGAUGUGACGUAUUAAAGGUGGAAGAGCACAGAUGUGUUUGAUAAAGAUAAUCCUGGUUUAAUUGUAGUUGGAGUCCAGUAACGCUCAGAACCUUCACCAGAUGGAGCACCGCCACGAUUAAUGGGAUUAAAUCAGAAAGAUAAAUGGUCUGCUUCUUUUUAUCAGGCUCUAGAUGUUCAUGUAUGCGU